GGCUGCAGUACCGUAUCCGCGCUGGACCGUGGAAGUCCGAAGCGAGCGACCCGGGCGCCUCUUGAGAGGAGAGGCGAGAUAUGCGUGAGGAGGUUGAAGAAUUAUUUUCAGAAAUGUGAAUCUAGAAUUUGGUUUAAUGAAAAUAAUCGUAUUGAAAACCAGGAGCAAAAAAGUUAAUACGUUAAUAGUAUAAUUAAAAAUAAUUGAGCAGUGCCAUCGGGCGGUUUAUUCAUUUUUUGUUCAUGCGUAUACAACGGAUGAAAAGAUCAAGUAAAAUAACCAGCUGAUGGACAGUCUCCGCAUCCAAAGCCCCCCCCGAGUAAUCAAAUUUGAAAUAAUUAAAUUUUAAUUAAAAAAAUAUCAGCCAGUGUUUCGCGUAUAAUAUAAACCAAAAGAUAAAACGCGUUCAACAUUUUCAUUCACAAAACCGAAAUAGAAAUAAGAAAAAAAAAACCUCAGUCACCGUAACGAUAUUCCGAAAGUGAAAAUCGCCCCGGUAAUUUCAUUAUUGCCUACCAAAUAACGGUCAAGUGUACAGAAAAAAAAUCAAAUUUUCGACGAUACAAAAAAUCGUACCAAUAAUGAAACGAUGGAAUCGACUGUUUUGACACCCGCAUUAGUGGAUCGAUGAGCGCGAGAGAUACAAAAAUAAUAAGAAGAAAUAUAAAUUGGGCAAACAUAAGGAGACGCUCGAAUCGGAGGAAACUUAAACCCUGAGGAAUUUCCUCGCGUCCGAUUUGUUUCUAUUUUCCAAUUUUCGAAACCGUUAUGAUUUACCCCUCGAGUCAUCAGGCGCCGACGAUGUCAUCGGUGAGAAAAAUGUCUCCGCGACCGAAUCACCGAACGACUACAACGACAUCGACGACAACCAGCUCGCAUCAGUCGGCAAAAUCUACCCUAAUCGGAUCGCCGAAUUUACCCUCGCAAUCGUCGAUGAGAGGGAAACGUAAUCCGGAGCGUCUCGGCGGCGCGGAAAAAUGCCGGGGAAGAUGCAGGGUGCAAUGGAGCGAGAAACACGUCAAAGAAGGACUGGUGCUCGUCCAGGAAUCGCAGCUCGCGAGGGUCGUUAAAACCGGACCAAUAUCCGAACACUACGAAAUAGAUCCGAAACCGUUCGCCAGCGGACAAUGGGCCAAGGUUUACAAAUGCAGGUCUCGAUCGACGGGUAUCAUCUACGCGGCAAAAUAUUCAUCGAGAAAUCGUUUCAACGCGGACUGCAGCGCAGAACUUCGUCACGAAAUCGCUCUCCUUUCUCUCUGUUCGCAAUCACCGCGAGUCGUACGACUUCACGACGUCUAUGAAACCUCGAAGGAGAUCAUCCUCGUUAUGGAAUUCGCCCCGGGAGGCGACCUUCAGACUCUGAUAGACGGAGAUCUCGUACCUUUGGAAGGAGACGUCGUACACUUCGUACGUCAAUUGGUAGAAGGUCUCGCUUAUCUCCACGAAAGGAACAUCGCUCAUCUCGAUAUUAAGCCUCAAAAUUUAGUCAUGAUGGGCGCGUUUCCCGAAUGCGAUGUAAAACUUUGCGAUUUUGAGAUAUCCCGAGUUAUACUGGAGGGUACCGAAGUCAGAGAAAUACUUGGGACGCCGGAUUACGUGGCUCCUGAAAUUCUCCACUACGAACCGAUAACCCUGGCCGCCGACAUGUGGUCGCUAGGGGUGACGACUUACGUCCUUCUGACGGGAUUUUCUCCUUUCGGGGGCGACACCGACCAGGAAACGUUUCAAAACAUAUCCUUAGGGGAGGUGGAUUUUCCCGAGGAAUUAUUCGACGACGUUUCCCUGCAGGCGAGAGACUUUGUGGCCCGACUUCUCGUGCCGGAUCCGAGCGCACGCAUGAGCGCCAAGCAAUGUCUCCGCCACGAAUGGCUUCGAGGCGCCCCGACGCAGGCGUCGCCUCAUCUGCGUAGAUAUUUGUCGAAAUCUAGGGAGGUGUUAUUGGAACGGGUGGUGAGCCGCGAGAAUCUUCGGAGAGCGACGCUUUUGAGUCAGGCAAAAAGUCACGCGAAUCUGAGCGAAGCCAAAGACGCGAAGAACCAAUCGAGUCUGAUAGGGGGUAGUCUCAGUCAGAGCGAGAUGUGUCUGAGCUACGGGAUGACCGGAAGUCAGAUCAGUCUGCCCGGAAGCGAGGACGACAUGAGCCCGGCGCAUUCUCAAGUAAGCUUGGAAUCAGCCCAAAAUUCAUUCGCAUCGAGUCAGAGCUGCCUUCUGAACAAAGAACAAACCCAAGGUCUGCUCAGCCAGGCUCAGAGUAAAUCGCAGGCGAAUCUGAGCCUCCACAGACCGAGCAGGGGGCUUCUGUCGAGGAUGAGAAAUUCCAGCGAAACGCAGUCUCAAGUUUGUCUGCUGAACAUGCAGCCGAAAAACAUACCCAGACACGUAUUGAACCCACUUUUCAGUAGAUCAAGGGAUAAACUUUACGGACUCAAAAGUCUCUCCAAGUCCCAAGGCGUUCUAGAUAUCUACAGAAGUUUGGAGUGCCUGAAGACUAAGAAGAAUCAGAGGGCGAAAACCGAGGACAUGUUACCGAUAUUCAAACAAUUAAGCGUGGAAAUCGCCGCGUCGAAUGUUUCGCUCGGAUCGAUCGACUGGAGCAGGGAUUCCGGAUUAACUCCGGAUCAGAUCGAACAGGAUAACGACGGGGAUGGCGGAAAAUUCGGCAAAGAUAAACCGAGGAUUUUUACCGACGACGAGGAGGCGGAGGCGCCGGAAACGGGAGGGAAAAUUGAGGAAACGAAAAGUUCGACGGACGUCGAGACGCCAGAGGACGUGAUAAAAUCCGUGCGAUCCGGCGAUGGGAACGACGACGAGCUUCUUCAAGCCCCGAAAAGUCCGUCGUACGAUUCGGAGGGUAAUCUGGACUCCCUGCAGUCCAUGGAGUCCGUGGAGUCCGAUACUCUGACGGAGGAUUCCGACGAAACGCCGACUAAUCGCGGGACCAGAUUAUCCGUGAAACAGCCGAGUCAGCGUCAAAAUUCCGACAUAUCGAGUCACUCGAAUAAUUCGGGUAAUUCGGACGAUAAGGAAGAUCAUUCCGAAUCUGAGAACGAGGAGCCGAAGUACACGGUCGCCCAACUGGUUUCGGCGUUCAACAAACAUCAGGAAGUUGCCUCGAAAACGAGUCUCGAGGCGAUAAUGACGGAGAAGAGAAUAAACGAGGUGAAUUUUCCUACCGGACCGAAAGCGUUGAGAUUGUUUAUACCCGAUAUUAAUAUAACGGAGAGUACGAUUGUCAGAAGGAAAACUAGUUACAAGCCGAGAAAAAAUUGGGAGGAACUCAGAAAAAUGAACGAAAGAAACGAGGGCGUUACCAAGAGAGAUUUUUACAACGAUUCCGGUAACGAGGACGAGGAGGAAGAGGAAAAGGCGGAAGACAUUCCGCGACCGGUAAAUGAAAUCAACGACGCGAACGACGAGGAAAUUCUCGCGACGGAGGUGGAGAAAAAAUCUGCGAGGGACGAGAGGGAGGUGGAAAAAAUCGAGGUCGAGAAUUCGGGGGAUGAGAGCGCGCUGGAGAAUCACGGGGACGUGAAAAUUGACGAGAAAUACAAACAGUGCGUCGCACUGGGCAAGGCCGAGCAAAUUUCUACCGGCAAAUCGACGAUCAAAGAUAAAUUGAUAAAACCCGCGUACCGUCCGGUUGUGAAGAAUGAAAAAUCUGUUUCUAACGCAAUACCGAAAGAAAGAGUGGCGAACUACAUAUUUUCGGAUAUAGCGAGUGUUAAAAAAACGGAUAAAAUUGAAUCUGGUAAUUCAAAAGUAAGUGGCACGUCGUUAACGGAACAGACAAAAGCCGUUUCGAAAAAAGACGUUAGAAAAGAGGGUGCUAAAUUAUCCGGUAAAGUAGACAACGGUGUUAAUCUAAAGGACAUUUUACAGAGGGUGGAUAAUUCUCAAACAUCGCCCAAGGAGAAUCUUGAAAAUUUGAGAAAAAGGACUUCGAUAGCCAAAAUAAUUCUCAACGACAAUUUGAGCCUCGAUGAGGAAACGAACAAUAACGGCAACAACCUCCCCAUACACAGGGCCAAAAGUGAACCACCCUUGACGAGUUCGGAGACCGAUAAAAUGAAAUUAGAUAUUCCACCGUCCUUCGUAAGAUCGGCUUCCCUAUCGAGCGAAGGUAGUUGCCUGACCCCGUCGAGUGUUCAAUCGGAUAUAAUAAUGUCCUGGGAGGACGUACGGGUCCAAAACGUUUCGCAAUUAAAAGAUAACGAUCUUAAAAAUCAAAAGAGAAUUCCAAUUUGGGAAACAUCGAGUUCAACGGAAUCCCACAAGGGACUAUUGUUACCUCACAAUGCCGAUUUCAAUGGUAAAAAUAACUCCAAAGGAUCCACCGUCAGUCUUACGGAUGAGAAAAAAGUUUGGGGAAAGGUUUGCACGGGUUCGUACACCAGGGCGAUGGAGAAAUUUAACGGUAAAAAUCCGUCCGAAUUGUUGCAACAACAACAGCAACAACAGCCGCAGCAGCAGCAGCAGCAGGGAAGUAAAAAAUCGUCAAACUUUCUCGUCGCUCCAAAUCAGAGCGGUGAAAAAACGAGAAGAAAAAGUAGCCCGGCUAUGCCACAGUUUGUUAAUCCUUGACGAUAACAGGGAUAACUUGAACGAUACGUGAUUAUAAAUCGAAUAAUGUUACCAGGUAUAAAAAUGUGUAAUCGCUGUGCGCACAUCUCGUGUUCGGAUUAAAUUGAUCUGCCAGAUUAAACGCAGAUGUAUUAGCGAUUUGUAUCUUUCUUUUUAUAUUUUGAAAUCAGAACUUGCAAUCAAUUGCGAGAAACGAGCGAUUUGUUAUAUUUCUAUAGGGAGAUAGUAUACGUAUAUAUUUUAUACGCGUACAACAGAGAGACUGAAAAACUUAUACUGUGAGAUUGUACGUAUACAUCCUUAAGAAGGGCACGUCGCAAGAAUGCAGUUUCAGACUUUCAACGACUGUUUUAAUCGUAGUCACCAUCGCCCGGGUACCCCGAGCUUUGUUUACAGGUUCUUACGGCCUUGCUUUCCUACUUGGUAAUAAAUCGUUUAACGAGUUACGCAACACGAGAAUCUUGCGCUCGUUUCGAUACCCAUUUUAAGAACGAAACUAAUGUAAUACGAAAUCGUUAAACAUCAUCCUAAGUAUAAAGAGAAACCAAAAGAGUGAGACAAAACGAAAGCGAACGGAACUAACAGCCGGUACAUAAAUUGCUUCAAACUUUUUUUUUUGCAAACUAAAGAGAAGACAAAUAUAAAUUAUAUAAGUAUUCGUUACUUUAUCGCGUAGUUGUACGAUUAUUAUUAUUCUCUAUUAUAUUAGUUUUAAAUUUUUAGUAAAAUCACUAUAGUUGUGACUAAUCACCGCAUCAAAAAUGUCGCGUGUUGUAGAGAAGGAAAAAGAAGAAAAAAGUUGUUCAGCAAAAUUGCGAUCUUCAGAUCGAAAAAAAAUGGAAAGCGUUGUGCAUUAGAUUGGAUGAUAUUGCAAGAAGAAUGAUGUAAUGCGAAUACUUACUUUGUUGUUCGUGCAUCGAUUAACACUGUGCACUUCCAAUUUUAUGUCGCGUUAAAAAAUAGACGAUGAAAGUUAACAAUGUUACCAUUUUUUUUCUUCUCUUUUUUCCCCCCCUGUUUAAUACCUUGUCAAUAUCGCGGGAUUCAGCGGAGCCCUAAAUCAUCUUGUAGCCUACCGAAUUUAUAUCUUGAUUGUAAAUUAAUUGUGACUAGAGAAAAAUGUCGAAAGCUAAAUGAUGAUUUACUGGAUGCUGUGUUCCUUCGAUAAGUAGUCGAAAGCGAAAAUUUUUGCAGGUAUACAAUUUUCAUAGACCCCAAUUUCACCGCGACGAUAAUUUUAAAGAGGCUUUAAGAGCGUAACGACGCUGUGAAGCAGCAAUAAAUAAAUGUAAUAGUUGUAAGUUGGUUGAAUAAACUCUACCUUGUUUUUUUUC